UGCUACAUACGACCCGAUUUGUCGUGAUGGACUUCAAAAGUCGACCAAUAAGGGUGAACUUGGACGAGCAUAUACAAAUAGUCAACAUCUGGCGGUGAAAAUCAGAAAACACAAACUCCAUAUCGAUACAAUUGGCUAAAAGAAGUUCAAGUUUUUGAGUAUCCUUGGCCCACUCAGGGAAGUUUAGUAGCCAAUUGAUGUAUUACUAUUGAGUGUACACAUAAGAUGGAUUGGUCGGCGCUUACUGUAUAAGUUAGGUUUAGCACCAACAGAUGGGAUCUAGAAAGCGUCCAGAAAUCAUGCCACAAGUUAUCGAUACAACUCAACGAAGGAUCACGCUUAAUGUUGGAGGUCAAAAACAUGAGACGUACCUGAGUACGAUCAGGAAUUAYCCCGAUACAAGGCUUUAUUGGGUCGUCGAGAAUGUCACAAAGACUAUUGAUUAUCACUCUGAAAAAAUCGAGUUGUUUUUCGACCGACAUCCAGGUAUCUUUGCCUUAGUUCUUAACUACUAUCGCACGGGAAAACUGCAUUGUCCGAAUGAUGUUUGCGGACCUCUGUUCGAGGAAGAACUAGCGUACUGGGGAAUCGACGAAAAAGACAUGGAACCUUGCUGCUGGACGACGUAUAUACAGCACAGAGACGCUGAAAAUAACCUCAAGAGUUUCAAUGUGGUAGACUUUGAGCCUGACUGUGAAGACGARGKAGACAAACAAAAAGAGAAUGAAUUGAAUGGCAAGUCUAGCAAGCUGUACAGUAUGUGGUCACACUAUCAGCCAAAAAUAUGGCCAUUACUAGAAGAACCAAGAUCUUCAAAAGCUGCCAAAGUCUUUUCUAUUAUUUCAGUCAUCCUAAUCGUUUUAUCAGUCGCUGCAUCGUGUGCAAUGACUCUACCUGAUCUCUCGGAGCCAACAACCCAUGCCCACAAGCUCGCUAACAGUAUAUUUGGAGUCAUCGAACACGUCUGUGGAAUAUGGUUCACGCUUGAACUUGUAGCAAGGAUUAUUUUUUGUCCAAACAAACGCAAGUUUUUUCAAAGUUUCUCGUUUUGGAUYGAUCUGUUGUCCGUCAUACCGUUCUACAUUCGUAUCCUGCAGGAAAUAGCUACUGGUGGAGACAUACGACUAGCAGACGCUCUUCUUGUGAUUCGUCUUCUUCGUCUGUUUAGAUUUUUUCGAUUGCUUUAUGGUCUUCAAGUGUUACUUCAUACUCUAAAGGCAAGCUCGUACGAGUUGUUCCUCCUCCUUAUCAUCCUCCUCAUUCCCGUCAUCCUCUUCUCGUCAGUUAUAUUUUACGUGGAGAAAAGUUUCGAUAGAAGUACCAAGUUUCGAUCCAUCCCAGACUCCUUUUGGUGGUCUCUUAUCACCAUGACAACGGUUGGGUACGGAGACAUGACGCCAUCAUCAUGGGGAGGAAAAAUCAUCGGCGGCGCAUGCGCAGUCUUCGGUGUUCUGAUGGUUGCUUUGCCUAUUUCAGUCAUUGGCAGUAAUUUUAACUUAUAUUAUGCGCAUGCUCAGGCAAGGUUGAAGCUACCAAGAAAGAAAGCACGUUUUCAUUUUGAUUCUCUGACGACAGCCAUGUCACGUGAUGCACUUCGACGACGAGGAGUGCGUAAGCGUAACCCGCGGUUUUCUGAAGACGCUACCAGCCUUUGUAGCCGAACAAACAGUACCGUWAAGGCUGACGUCAGAAGCUGGAGCAUUGCAUCAUCAGGGAAAUCAACGCUCGAUGAUGACAGGAACUCCAGGUACUCSAAGAGAAAAAUUAGUCGAGAGAGACGAAUCAGUCGUAACGAGCGAUCACYAAARCUAGGAGACCUUCCUGAGCAUGAGAACGAGACUGAUGCCUUACAUAAUGACAGCAUUAGUUCACGAAACACUGAGAGCACCCAAGAAAGGUCGACUAAUUCAAUGCAUAUUCAAGGUAAAGGAAGCGUUAAUGGAUAUGAAAAUGUUAUAAGCCGACUUCGUUCGUACAGUAUGCCCUCAAACGCGACCAAAAUGCAAGUUUUGCGACCGCCAAGUAAGUCAAGAUCUGAUARCUCGAAUCUUUGCGAGCAAUGUUCGCUACCGAAGGAUGAUCGAUUAGAGCAUGAAAAUUCUGAGACGUUCAACGUGUCAUGUGACUUAUGUCAAUGUGCGCACAGAUCAAGGUUACGGGAUAGUCUAAGUUUCACUAUUGUWAUCCCAACAUUUGAAGGACAAAGYGAUUGGAUUGAGGUUAGUACGGAGAAUAUACGAGGCAGUUAUCCACGAUCGACAUCAUUUCAUUCAGACGGAUUYAUGUCMAAUCGAUCGACAAAUAUUGAUGAUGAUGAUGAAUCGUCACCGCGUCGAACAGACUCUUUUCUUACUAAYGAUAGUGAUGAUGACUCAGCUGAAGAACGUCACGUGAUAGAUGGAAGUACAUUACCUUUGUUAUAUUUAGAUAAAUCAAAUAAUAACAUGAAUAUCAAAAAUACUUUAGAACAUGAAACGAGCAUUURAUACAUGSUGGUCAGCAGUGACCAUUGCUUUACAGACAUCCCAUGRUGCCUUGUUUAGUCUUCAGGUUUGACUUUCUUUUGUUUUGAUCAAAAAGACUCUUGAUAAACRAAGAUUGAAUUGAGCUUUGAAUAAUUACAUUGAAUUUUUGAAUAAGCCUUCAAUUUCAUAGCAUAAGAAGGACUAGAAGGAAACAAAUAAUUCCUAUUUAUCAAUUUAUGAUAUUUGAAACUAAACAAUCAAUUUCUUCUCAAUAAUAAAAAAAUUGUGAUUUGAAAGUAAAUGAUUUUCUACACUUGAUGAAAAAUUGCGAUCGUGAGCGCGCUUAAUCCGUGAAAUGUUACUAUUUUUGUACCAAUUUGUGCAAUUUUAAUCAAUUGUUUAAUACAAAGUCAUUCAAAGAUUUAAGUGCAAAUUCAGCAUUACUUACGUCGUUGAUGAUUUUGARCAAUUUCAUGGAUUUGCGCUCACCCUUUCUGUAUAUAAUUUGAACUGAAAUACUCACUAAAUAAGAAUUGUAGCUACGACAUUUCAUUGCACAGAUGUA